AUGAGCCGCGGGGAGGUGGGUGAACUCGACGCUGACCGCGCGGUCCGCAGGGCCGGAGGAAAGAACCCCCAGCACGAAGGGGCGGUCGAAGUUCUGCUGGACACCCAUCCCGUGGAUGCGCGGGAUCACGAGGUAGGGGAGGUCGUUCGGCUCAAAGCGAUAGCGAAGAGCCACAUCCCGCGACACCGCAAAGUUCGAGUCCGCGGUCGGCAGGCUGGGGUUGAGGGAGCUGUUCUUUUCCACACAGAACUUCCCGUUGCCGUACUUGGCGACACUGAGCAUGAGCGGGGCGAAAUGCGCGGCCGGCUCGUCGUCCGAGAGCCCUCGCUUAUCCGGCUGGGAGAGCACAAAAAGCAGCUCCACCGGUUUGGAGGCGGUCACCUUGAGAACGACGCUGGGCUCGACCCCGUGGAAGGUCCCCUUGAUGCGGUGGUCCACCACGUUCUCCAGUGUGAACACAACACCGCCGCCGUUGAAGUACGCUAUGGCGUCCUCAAAGGAGAUCCAGAAGGUGCCGUCGUCCUCGCCUGCCUUGUAGCCGCAGGCCUCGGCGGCGGCAGGGUUUUCGGCCCACUCCGCCGACCCAUCGGACCAUGCGCCCGUCCAUCGCUCGGCCCAAGUCCAUGGAUUGCAGAUCUUCAGCAAGGCGGCCUCGCGGCCUCCAGCCGUCGUGAUUUUCACAAUGCACUCAAGGCGGUAGCUGUGGGAAAGUUGGAGGCCGAUGCCGGCGAGCCGCGUGCGGGCGACGGCGGGGUCCCCCAACUGAUUAUGGCUUGGCGUGCUGAGGACGACGAGGCAGCCCGCCGUGAGGUUGUCCCCGAGGCCCUCGAGAAAGCCCCGAGCGACCUCGGAAUCCGAUGCGGCGGCAGCCCAUUCCGCGUCGAAACGCCACGUGGGGGCGCCGGUGAGGUCCUGCAGGGCCUGGAGCGUGUCGCCGCCGGUGAUCGCCGCGUAGCUGCCGUGGAUCUUUGCGUAGGCCUUCUGAAGGAGGCCCACCCACAGCUCGCGGGGCUCCACACUCCGCGCGAAGACAGGCAUGUCCGCGAUCGUGGGUAA